GGCAAAAGGUUAAAGAGCAAUAAAACUGAACAAAACAUUCAAGGUUUUCGUAGUCAUGAAGAAGUUUGGUCAAGAGAUCUCUCGCUCCUUUCUGGGUGGGAAAAAUACAGACUCAAGUUUAAAAUAAUUGCGAGAAUCUCUGAGAAAAAUAUGAUUUCGUCUUCAGCAAAGAUGCUUCCUGUUCUGUAUUCAUCAAAGUCUAUUGUGACUAGUAGAAUUGUCUGUAAAUUUACACAUUCAUUAUGUGUACAAAGAUUUCAUAUCACUUCCUCCCGGUGUCUGGGGUUAAAACAUAAUCUGCCAUUAGCUGGUUCCUUUUUAGAUAUAAACAAGAAAUAUUCUACAAUCAAAACAUUGGACAAAACAGACAAUGUUCGAAAUGUCAAGGACCAAGCCAAAGAUUUAGAUUUGAAGCCAGAUGCUGUUGAUAUAUUUAAAACUGCUAUCCGUGCGGUACGGCCAAAAGCAAUGAUUGAAAAUGUAUUGCAGUACAAUCGCAUCACAUCCACACUUAAAGUCCAAGAGAAAGUUUACAAUAUUAACAGAAAUGUUUUCAUUGUUGGCUUUGGUAAUGCAGUGUUGGGAAUGGCCAGAGUGGUAGAAGAUAUGCUGGGUGAACAUGUUGUCACAGGAAUAAUUAGCAUACCAAGAGGUUUACAAGAGGAGAUUAAAAACUCUCACAGCAAUGAGAUGUUUCUAGGUGCAGGUACAAAAAUUCAUGUCUAUGAAGGUUCCAGUGAAAAUGAGGUUGAUGAAACAGGACAUAAUGCAUCAAAAGCUAUCCACCGUCUUGUGUCCAAUCUUGUGAAAACAGAUUUACUUAUAGUUCUCUGUUCUGGAGGAGGAUCUACCCUAUGCCCAUCGCCAGAACCACCAAUAACACUGAAAGAACUCAAUCAGACAACUCAGCUCUUGUUACAAAAAGGAGCAAAGGUUACAGAAUUAAAUGCUAUUCGUAAAAACAUUGAGGUCCUGAAAGGAGGAGGUCUUGCACUAGCAGCCAGACCAGCUCAAGUGUUAUCCCUUAUUCUGUCAUCUGUGAUUGGAGAUGCUGCAGAUCUAGUUGCUAGUGGUCCAACAUGUUCAUCCCAGCCUACCCCACAUCACUGUUUAGAGAUUUUACACAGGCUAGACAUCAUUGAUAAAAUACCAGAGAGUGUCAAAAAAUAUUUAGAAAAAGAGGCCAAAUCAGUUAAAGUAAACAAAUCUCAAACAGCCUUUGACCACGGCCAAUCAAAGGCUGAAAGAGAUAAGGUCUGGCAGAAUGUUCAGAACAUUAUUGUGGGCAACAACUCCAUUGCCUGCCAGGCUGCAGCUGCAAGAGCUUCUGAGUUGGGUUACUUCCCUUUAAUUCUGACAACAGUGUUGACUGGAGAGGCCAGGAGAAUUGGUAUUCUCUUUGCUAAACUUUCAAAGUUUAUCAUGAUCUGCUAUGACAGAAGAGCUGGUUUAGAACCCAAUUCUGAGCUGUCAAUGUUGGAACUUGAACUUGUUGCUGGUGGUAUAAGAAAAGAAUGGAUGAAUCACAUCAGCAACUCUGUAAACAAGGCUCACAAUAUGAACAAAGACAUCUGUGUGAUUGCUGGUGCAGACCUUGAUGUUCAGGUGAAGGGGACUGGAAUAGGCGGCAAAAACAUGGAGGCGGCACUGGCAGCUGCCAUACAGAUGCAAGAAGAGUUCCGAGUGAAAGAGAUGAAUGUCACAGAGUCACACAUGUGCUUCUUGAGCUGUGACUCUGAUGGCUAUGACGGCGUCACAGAAAUGGCUGGUGCUGUGGUCGACCAGGCUCUCCUGGACAAAGUGGAAGAAAGUGGAGUCAGCAUGAAAGAAUAUCUGGCUAAUAACGACUCGUUUACAUUCUUCAGAGAGGUCAAUAAUGGUGGAAAUAUUGUACGCACAAACCUAACUGGUACUAAUAUUAUGGAUGUUGUAAUACUUAUAGUGCAAAUGCCAAAAGAAAAGAAAUACAAAUGGAAUUUAUAGAUAAAAUAAAACAUCGCUAAACUGAUAGUAUGAAUUAUUUGAUAACAUAAUGCAUAUUUACCAAUCAAAGAUAAUUUUAUAUGUAUACAGGAUACAAACAAAAAAUUAAAAUCUCUUUUGGUUUUUUAUCAUUUCAUUGAUGUUAUUGAACUAAAGCAGCUAAAAUAUAACUUAACACCAAAGUAUUUGUUUAAAAAAUUAACAUUGAGGAAUAUUUUCUUUCUAAAUAUUGUUGCCUACAAAUCUGUAUAUACUUAUUAUAAUUUAUUGGUUGAUUGAUAUCAUUUAAUGCCUUUUUUAAUCUUUCGUGGAAAAAAGCUGCAAGUUUCCUUAUGCCAGCAACCACUCAGUAUUUAUUUAAUUUAAAAUUGUUCAAACAUUCUGCUCCCUUUUAUGUGUUUAACCAGUGCACACAAGUUGUCCUUGAUUUCAAGUGUUGGUCUACAAAAUAGUCACAUUUUUAAAGACCUAUUAUUUAUAUAUAGAUCUAAAUAUGUAUACAGGGUAUUAAUACUACCAGAAUGAUGGAUAUGUUAUAUAUGGAUUUGGGGUUAUGUUUUUUCAAAAUUGGAAAAUUUCACUUAGCAUAAUUGCUAUGAAAACAAUUUGAAAAAAAAAACGAAUGUAAUUAUACAUAUUUCAUAGAGACAUUAUUUUAAGUUUUCCAGAAUCUCAUUUUUUUUUUAAUAAAAAAAAAGCCCAAUGAUCUUUGUAUUAUAAAAUUGAAUUUUUUAUUUGCACCAUUGUGCACUCUAGCCAUAUUUUGUUAUAUUUCUUACAUCAUAUAUUUAUAACAUAUAUUUAGUUUUAUAUGCUGCAUCAACUUUUACAUCUAGUUUUCUGGUUACCUGUAAUAAUUGUUCGCGUGAUAAAUGUCUGGACUUUAUUAUUGUUUGAUUUCUUACAAUUACGGUAGCAAAUUUGUUGUCAUCCAAUAGAAAAUAUUUUUUUAUAUAUUAAAUAGUAAUCAAAGUCA